AUGGCCCUAGCAGCAUUUACUUCCACCAGCGCUCUUGCCGGCGGUAAAGAAUUCAAUCCAACCACGAAUCUCAUCGUGCCUGAAACCCCUCGACCCAUGCUGGAACCGAUCAAUGAUACACGCAACUAUCGUAUGCACGGAAAAAAGGGAAAAGAUGACAAGACGUGGUUCGAUGGACGGGAAAUGCGCUAUAUUUACUGUAUCCGGCCGGCCAAAUGUGAGCCGCUGCGGCACAAGUCGUGCCUCGGAUCCACAUUACCAUACGCCUCGAUCAGUCUAGAUUUGACUGAUUCUUACAGCCAGGAAGAAGCGCACAACAAGCUGUACCACUACAAUGCACUGCGCCAUGUCCCCAAGUGUUGGGCCGUAAUUCAGCCAUUCCUGUGUGCCGUGUUCACCCCAAAGUGUGAAAAGAUUAACGGCCAAGAAAUGGUGUAUCUUCCAUCGCUAGAAAUGUGCAAAAUCACACUCGAACCGUGCCGGAUUCUCUACAAUACAAGCUUUUUCCCAGCAUUUCUACGCUGCAAUGAAACACUGUAUCCGUCCAAAUGCAACAACGAUGUGCGCGAGGAGAUGAAGUUUAACGCGACCGGCAAGUGCUUGAAGCCACUGGUCGCGGCCGAUCUGCCCGGCAACUACUAUAAGGACAUUGAUGGAUGCGGGUUGCAGUGCAAAGAUCCGCUCUAUAGCGACCACGAGCACCGGCAGAUACACAAGUUGAUUGCUUGGGGUGCUGGCAUUUGUCUCACGUUUAAUGUCUUCACGCUGGCCACGUUCGCCAUCGAUUGGCACAAUGCGAACAAGUAUCCGGCCUUGGUAAUAUUUUAUAUUAAUUUCUGCUUCGCCAUAUCGUGCCUCGGAUGGCUGGCACAGUUCACUCCGGGUGGCCGGGAAGAUAUUGUGUGUCGAAAAGAUGGUACCCUGCGCACGGCAGAACCAAGCGCUGGUGAAAAUCUCUCCUGCAUCGUUGUUUUCAUCCUUGUAUACUACUUUCUGAUCGCAGCCAUGGUGUGGUUCGUAAUCUUUACGUACGUGUGGCAUAUGAGUUUUAAGGCGAUUGGAAAAAUACAGGACCGGAUUGACAAGAAGGGUUCCUACUUCCAUCUGAUCGCGUGGUCGCUACCGCUUGUCCUAACGAUCACCAUCAUGGCGUUGAGCGAGAUCGACGGCAAUAGCACCGUCGGCAUCUGUUUCGUAGGAUACCUCAAUCAUCCGAUCCGUGCCGGGUUACUGCUCGGGCCAGUCAUUUGCGUUUUGCUCAUCGGAGGCUAUUUUCUUGGCCGCGGUCUGCUGACAUUGAUCCGGUUGCGUAUCUCGAGCAAGGAGAUUAUCUCGGCCCGAGCAAGCCGCAAGAUUCAUCAGACCAUCGUGAGGAUGGCUUUUUGCACGAUGUCCACAUUCGUCUGUAUCGUAGGGACCGUUUUCUUCCAUGUGCACGAGUUCCGACACAGCUCUUCCUGGGCGAGCGCACUGCGUGAUUACAUCAUAUGCAGGAUCGGAGCUACAUUUACUGAUGAUCUAUCUGGUGGUACCGGUGGCGGCUGCCGUAUCGAGCAUCGACCGAGCGUGGCAAUAUUGCAGCUCCACCUGAUCUGUCUGUUCGGGUCCGGUGUCGUCAUGUCUUCGUGGGUGUGGACUAACUCUACGCUCGAAUCCUGGAGUCGGUAUUUUCGGCGACGCUUCGGUACCGACACGGACGAACCGGUCAAGCUGCAGAAGCAUAAGGUCAUUGCGCAAGCGUUCGCAAAGCGUAAGGAGUUCCAGAACCAGGGCCGGCUCUCGAUUUCGUUUCACAACUCGCACACCGAUCCAGUUGGUUUAAAAUUCGAUAUCAACUCGGCGAUCGGAAGUCACGAUUUCAGCUCUACGUGGGCAAACAAUCUGCCGCGAUUCGUAAACCGAAGAUGCGCCUUGACCGGGGCGGCCACCAGCUCCAGCCACGAUCCGCGAAAAAAUUCGGUCGACUCGGAGAUUAGCUUCAGCGUGAGGCAUGUUUCGGUCGAAUCCCGGCGCAACUCGAUCGACUCACAGGUUUCGGUGAAAAUUGCCGAGGUAAAGACGAAAAUGGCCAGCCGGAGCAGCCGAGGGCCAGUUGGAGGAGCGAGUGGCGGCAAACAUCACAAGGGGACGCGCUCCAGUAGAAGGCGGGAUUUCGGUGGUGGUUCGGGUGCAACGGGUGGUAGAAGGUUUGGGCGGAAGGAGAGCAGCACCUCGGUGGAAUCGCAGAUCAUAACGGCGGCCCUGCAAAAAACAACCGGCGGAAGACGCUCAAGUGGCCACAGUACACUUCCAGCCGCGGGAUCGUUCGGUGCGGGUAAUAUGCAACGGCGUACCGGAAUCGGGGCAAUGGAUGCUGAUCAGAUCAAUGAUCUCAUCUCUAACGGCAAACUGUUGCUGCCGUUUUUGCACCAACAAGGAUUGACAACAUCCGAGGACGAUAACGUUUCCGUCGGCUCGUUUAAAAUGCACGAUUCUAAGUUCGACAUCAUUCUCAAGCAGAUCGAGAACGGCCAUCAUCAGCCACACAGUGGACGGGCGGUUGUAGGUGUUAGCAGCGGUGUGGCCACAAACGUGGCAGGGAGAGACGGGAACAGCGGAUGUCGUAUCGCGGAGUAUCGAAGCAGUGAUGAUGACGAUUCGGAAGAAGAGGACGAUGUCGAUGAUGCCGUGGCCGAACGGCAAACGAUGCUAAGUGGCACAAGGAUCGCCGGAACCUUGCGACCAAUAUUGGCAGCUCCGGGACGCGAUGGUGGUGAUACUGUCACGGCCAGAAUAGAUGCCGUCGGAGGGAACGACAAUAGUGUGGAACCGUUGCGUGGUAGCAAGGAAGGCGGAGGACGCGCAGCGAAUAAGAGUAGCGCAAGCAAAAGUGGUCGCAAUCGAAAGGGAACCGGUGGAGCUGGUACGGGUGGAAGUUUACGACACGGAACGAUGCGAAAAUCACAACAUCAUCAUCAUCAACACAGCCGUGGUACUUCGAUUCGGAAGGAACGCGAAAAGAAGGAAAAGUCUCGCGCCAGCUUACGGGCCGUAGAACGUGAGAAAGAGCUCGAGCUUCUGGAGCGUGCUGGCGUUGAACGCACAGGGACAGAUUUAUUGUACGACUUAAAUGAUUCCUCCUUCACCUCGUACUGCUCCGAGCUAUCGCCGCUAAACGUGAACAGUUCCUAUUCCGGUGUAUCAAUCGCGAAAACAAAUUCGAGAAACUCAAAACGAAGCUGCGACGUUGGGAUUCAGACGAAUGCACACGAGAUCGCUACACAGACGAUGUCAUCGUUCGAGUUUAGUGAGAAAGCGAUGAAAAAUGAAGAGAAUGAAGACAUUUACACCGAAAACCAUCAACUGCUGCCCAAACUGCUACAGCCGGUAGUCGCGCCCGCGCCGGCUGUCCCUAGUGCUAUUGCAUCCCGGAAAACCCGCGACCCUAGCGAAUCCGGGAUGAGCGAAGCGGAAAAACUGAAAAUGCUUCUUUUACCAUCAAAAUAAUUACUUUACAGCCAUAGCCACGAUCGAAGAUGCUGCUCUAUGAACCUGUGAACAGCUGAUCUUCUGAUGAACUUGAUCGUAUUUUGAACAGCGAACAGCGAAUUGAGGAUGCAAAACAACGAAACGAAAUUCAGGUGCCUUUUGACCAAUUUUUCUAUGAGUUUUGAUCUAAUGUAAAAUAAAAUAAGCAAGUAAUGAUAGUGAUAACUUUUAAUACAAACAUAUUGUCAAAACAUACAUUUUACAAGACAAGAUACCUUGACAAUACGUUGGGCUAUAGUCCAAUAUGAGAAUCUCCUCUCAAAACUCUUUUACUCAGCAGCAGGAGAAGGCCUUCUUGCAAAUAGAUAGUAAACGUACACGCCAAUUACACUCAAUUAAUCAGAAUUGGAGCUUAAACCAUGCUCAAAAAUACAUAAAAGGAGCAAGACUGACAAAAGUUUAAGAACAGAACAAAGAGAGAAUACUCUAGCCAAAAAAAGAGAUUGAAAAAUAAAAUAAAAAUAGUGCUUCCAAAAUAAUGUAAAUCUUAUUUUUACAAAAGACAACGAACGUGACACAAUAUUUCAGAGCAAAACAAAGCAAUUAAAAUCCUGUGAAUGAUGGGUGAUGUGCGUAUCUGAAAUUUUAAUGAUACGGAGUUUCCUCCAAAGGCAUUCUUCAUCUUUUUUAUACCCCUUUUUUCUAACCGUGUGGCCAUCAAUUGCCUGAAGUAUUUUGCAAGCUAUUUUGUCAUGAUUUUGCAUAGAAACAGUUAUG